AUGAAUUUUAAAGUUUUCUAUGUUUUACAAAAACGAUGUGUUUCGACUUUGGCUGAUGAAAUAAGCAGACAUGCAAUAUCGAAAUCGUCUAGAUUGAAGAAGUACAAAGAGCUUCCGGUCUCGAAAUACGGCGGAAGACACAUAGUGACGAUGAUACCGGGCUGCGGAAACGGUCCAGAGAUGAUGAAUCACAUCCGCGAUAUUUUCAAGUUCAUCAAUGCCCCAAUCGAUUUCGAAGUUGUCGACGUCGAAUCUACACCGACUUCAGUGAAACAAGCCAUAAUGAGCAUAAGAAGAAACGGUUGCUGCAUCAAAGGCAGCAUAGAAAGAUUCACCUCGGAGGAUGAGAAGCUGUACGCUUCACCGAACGUGGCGAUCCGUAAGAAGUUGGACUUAUUUUGCAGCUUGAAUAUAUGUAAAUCGUAUCUCGGUGUUCCGGCGAGAUAUCAAAAUAUUGAUAUUGUCAUCGUGAGAGAGAAUGUUGAGGGUGAAUAUUCCAUGUUGGAGCAUCAGAGUAUUCCUGGUGUAGUUGAAAGCAUGAAGGUUUGUACUACGUAUAACUCGGAGAGGAUAGCUCGUUGGACUUUCGAGUUUGCCAAGAAGUUUAAUAGGAAGAAGAUUAGCAUAAUCCAUAAAGCUAAUAUUAUGAAGCUGUCGGAUGGAUUGUUUUUGAGAACGAUCAAGAAAGUUGCCAAGGAAUACCCGAAUAUUCAGGUUGAUCAAAUGAUUGUGGACAACUGCUGCAUGCAGAUCGUCUCGGAUCCGCAUCAAUUCGAUAUAUUAGUGUGUCCAAAUCUGUACGGCACGAUUCUUUGCAACGUCGUUUGCGGACUCAUCGGAGGUCCCAGCUUGAUUUCCGCUGCGAAUUUCGGUUACAAUUGCGCGGCUUUCGAAACUGCGACGAGAUCACCGGAAAGUGUUGUAGCGGAACCGGACACCGUCAGUCCAGUAGCUCUUAUAAACGCAUCCAUAGAGCUGCUCUUCUACUUGGGUUACAUCGAACACGCUAAGCUGUUGAGGAAGGCCACGUCGAAAACCGUGGAGAAGGACCUCGUAAGGACGAAGGACAUAGGCGGAACGAACAGCACCACCGAGAUGGUGGAAGCAAUUAAAACGAAUAUAUCCGCUUUUAACGAUGCCUGA